AAGCCCAAGCCAAAGGCCACAGUUCCAAAUGUUUCUCCAGAGCUACUGCAUCUUGUGGAUUCAACCAUCAUGGGCAAGCCUGAGAGCUUAGACAAACUAAAGAAUGUUGUUAGUGGUAUUGAGAAUUUUGGCUGUGGAGAGGAGUCAGAGGCCACUGCUUUUCUUGUUAUUGAUUCACUUAUUGCCACCAUGGGUGGAGUCGAGAGUUUUGAAGAGGAUGAAGAUAGCAACCCUCCUAGUGUCAUGUUAAAUUCCCGUGCUGCUAUUGUUUCUGGUGAGCUUAUUCCCUGGCUUCCUGGUUUAGGUGAUAGCGUUAAGUUUAUGUCCCCGAGGACUCGUAUGGUUCGGGGUUUGCUUGUUAUUAUACGGUCAUGCACGAGAAAUAGAGCUAUGUGUUCAACGGCAGGGUUAUUAGGAGUUCUGUUGCGAUCAGUGGAAGAGAUAAUUUCCAAGGACGUUGAUAUGAAAUGGAAUGCUGCUGCUAUUUUGCUACUAUGUAUUCAACAUUUAGCUGGGCACUCCCUUAGUGUCGAUGAUUUACACAGGUGGCUUCAAGUUAUAAAAGCCGCAGUUACAACAGCGUGGUCAAGUCCAUUGAUGCUUGCUUUGGAGAAGGCAAUGAGUGGAAAGGAAUCAAGGGGACCUGCUUGUACUUUUGAAUUUGAUGGUGAAAGCUCUGGCUUACUUGGUCCCGGAGAAAGUCGUUGGCCCUUUACCAAUGGCUAUGCAUUUGCAACAUGGAUCUAUAUUGAAUCAUUUGCUGACACAUUAAAUGCUGCAACUGCGGCAGCUGCAAUUGCUGCUGCCGCAGCAGCCAAGUCAGGGAAAACAUCCGCAAUGUCAGCUGCAGCGGCUGCAAGUGCGCUUGCUGGUGAGGGCACUGCUCAUAUGCCACGUUUAUUCAGCUUUUUGUCCGCUGAUAAUCAGGGAAUAGAAGCAUAUUUCCAUGCUCAAUUUCUGGUGGUUGAGAGUGGUAGUGGGAAAGCAAGAAAGUCUUCGCUGCAUUUUACUCAUGCAUUUAAGCCUCAAUGUUGGUAUUUUAUUGGUCUCGAGCAUAGCUGCAAGCAGGGACUUCUGGGGAAAGCAGAGAGUGAACUACGGCUAUAUAUUGAUGGAUCCUUGUACGAAAGUCGUCCUUUUGAUUUUCCUCGUAUAUCCAAGCCUCUCUCUUUCUGUUGCAUUGGCACAAAUCCUCCUCCUACUAUGGCUGGUCUACAACGUCGCCGUCGUCAAUGUCCUUUGUUUGCAGAAAUGGGACCAGUUUAUAUAUUUAAGGAACCAAUUGGUCCUGAGAGAAUGGCGCGUUUGGCUUCUAGAGGUGGGGAUGUUUUGCCUUGUUUUGGCAAUGGGGCAGGCCUUCCUUGGUUAGCUACAAAUGACUAUGUACGUAAUAAGGCAGAGGAAAGUAGCAUUUUGGAUGCAGAUAUUGGAGGAUAUACCCACCUGCUUUACCACCCUUGUCUUCUAAGUGGGCGAUUUUGUCCAGAUGCUUCGCUUUCUGGAGCAGCAGGCACUCUAAGGCGACCAGCUGAGGUCCUUGGACAAGUCCAUGUUGCAACGAGAAUGAAGCCAGUGGAGUCUUUCUGGGCCUUAGCUUAUGGAGGACCCAUGUCCCUGCUUCCUUUGACUGUAAGCAAUGUGCAUAAAGAUAGCUUGGAGCCAUGUCUUGGAAAUCUUCCACUGUCUUUGUCCACAGUUACACUUGCUGCACCUGUAUUUAGAAUUAUGUCAGUCGCUAUUCAACAUCCUGGGAACAAUGAAGAGUUGUGUCGUACUCAGGGACCCGAGAUUCUUGCUAGAAUUCUGAGAUAUCUUCUACACUCACUUGCAUCCCUUGACAGGAAGCAUGACGGAGUAGGAGAAGAGGAACUAGUUGCUGCCAUUGUUUCGCUUUGCCAAUCACAGAAGAUCAAUCAUGUUCUCAAAGUGCAGCUCUUCCGUACACUUUUAUUAGAUUUGAAAAUAUGGAGCCUGUGCAAUUAUGGACUCCAAAAGAAGCUAUUGUCUUCCCUUCAAGAUAUGGUUUUCACUGAAGCAACAGCUAUGAGGAAUGCCGAAGCUAUUCAGCUGCUUCUAGAUGGCUGUCGAAGAUGCUAUUGGAUGAUUUCUGAGAAGGAUUCUGAGACCACUUUUCCUCUUGAUCGGAAUACGCGUCAAAUGGGGGACUCACUGCUCUGAUUGAUGAACUUCUGGUGAUUAUUGAACUUCUAAUGGG